UUGAAUGACGGCUCAAGCUAUGUUGACACUCAAGAGUCUAGCCAGCCCGUGGGAUCCACACGGGCCUUCUUAUUCCACAUUUACAGCUGUUAAAGAAAGCAGAUGAAAAGGGACGGAUCGCCUUCUCAACUCUUGUUAUCUUCCGAGGGAUGUGGUGGACCGUGCGAAGGACCGUAUAACAGGUCGAGGCGGAGCGGACGUUUCACAGGUUGAUGAUCAUUUUUGGCAACGAGUGGGGAAGCCAGCAAAAGUAAAUACAUGGUCUUGUCUCUAUAGGCUGUUCUUAGACAGAUCAGCUCUAUAGGAGAAGUAGGCGGUGCCUAAUAUUUCCUGGAAACAUACAGACCUCCGACCAGAAUGACACAUUUGGCUUUUGCAUGUUUGUGUCUAUCCACUCAAGUUGACGCUCAGACUUUGGUUUCACUCCUCGUGUAGGACGACUGAGGACCGUCUAUCUUACAUUUGGACAGGUAGCCAACCAAUUUAUGUUACUCAAAUUGGUCCGCUUAUGUCAGUGACCUACAUCUCAUGCAUGUGCGCCAAGAGCCCAUAGUCACCUCUCAAUCAGAGCAAACAGCAUGGGGAUCAACGGGUUAGACAACCAGGCGCAGCCGUCCAGCGGAGAGUCCCACAGAGAAGAGCCAGGUGCAGAUCCACAGAUGGAGCAAAGGGAUGGUCAAGUAGACACGAGUAAGGAGGACCAGGCGGUUGACAGCGAGUGUAAAAUCGUGCAGGAGGACAGCACCUUGCAGCUGAUUGAGGCCGGGUCCAAGCCGCAGCUCUCCUCGGCAUCUGAACCAGAGGCCGGGGUCCAUGUGGAGAACCCCGGGCAUGGAGCCGGAUUCGUCCCACCAGAAGGAGGCUACGGCUGGCUGGUGGUUUUUGCAGCCACCUGGUGCAAUGGGUCCAUCUUUGGCAUCCAAAACUCUUUUGGCAUCUUGCAUAUGAUGCUUGUGAAGGAGCAUGCCAACCCAGAGGACAAGACGUCUCAGUUCAAAGUGGCCUGGGUCGGGGCCCUCGCCAUGGGUAUGAUCUUCUUCUGUUCUCCCGUGGUCAGCAUGUUCACCGACCGCUUCGGCUGUAGGAAGACAGCAGUCAGUGGGGCGAUGGUGGCUUUUUUAGGGCUACUCAGUUCAUCCUUCGCAAAUUCCCUGAGCCUCCGCUAUUUUACAUAUGGCAUUCUGUUCGGCUGUGGCUCCUCCUUCGCCUUCCAGCCCUCGUUGGUCAUUCUCGGUCACUACUUCCGCCAGCGCCUCGGCUUAGCCAAUGGUGUGGUGACUGCGGGCGCCAGCUUGUUCUCCAUGGGACUCCCAGUGUUGCUCAAAAUGGUGGAACCUUGGGGCCUCAGCAGGACCUUCCAGAUCCUCAGUCUCUUCAUGCUUGUCCAGGCCCUGCUGGCACUGUUGUUUAAACCUUUACUGCCACCCGGAGGAGGCAUGGGGCCCCCAGGCAUGGGACCCGGCCCUUCAAAGGCCCUUACCCAGCCUGGUGCCUCUGCUCAGGGGGGUAGCAGGUGGAGCAGUGUCGUGAGUGAGGUCCGGAAGUACUUCAACCUACGUGUUUUUCACAUCGUGACCUAUCGAGUGUGGGCCUUUGGAGUAGCCACAGCUGUAUUGGGCUACUUCGUGCCGUAUAUUCAUCUGAUCAACUUUGUAAAGGAGCAGUUCAAGGGCACUGACAAGGAAUGGGUGCUCCUGGUGUGUAUAGGUGCUUCCUCUGGGUUGGGACGCCUUGCUUUUGGCAAGAUCGGAGAUCACAUUCCUGGACUUAAAAAGAUCUACAUGCAGGUGGUGUCCUUCAUGGCUCUGGGCCUGAUGUCCAUGUUGAUUCCUCAGUGCACGGUGUUCGAGGGUCUGGUGGUUGUGUGUGUGUUCCUGGGGCUGUGUGACGGCUGCUUCCUCACCAUGAUGGCUCCCAUAGCUUUUGAGCUGGUUGGGCCCAUGCAGGCCUCGCAAGCCAUAGGCUACCUUCUUGGACUUAUGGCCCUUCCCAUGACUGCAGGUCCACCCAUCGCUGGUCUCCUCCAUGAUUACUUUGGGAACUACACGGUGGCCUUCUCCCUGGCCGGGGUGCCUCCUAUAGUAGGGGGUGUAGUGCUGUUUUUUGUCCCACUGAUACAUCGAAAGCUCCAGAGAGGCCAGGCGGCAGGGGCAUCAGAGGAAACGUCCACAACCGCCCACAUGUUGCCAACCGCCCACCCAGCAGAGGAGUCAAAGGGCUGCUCCAAUGGAGUCAUCCUGCCUGGCUACACUGACGUUGAGACACACAUCUGAGUGGCAAUGUACAAAGGGAUUCAGCCCACCAGCACCUUUUCUCAUCCUUAAUUUGACCUCCUCCCAAACAUGAACUUCCUGUUGGCUGACCUCUAACCCUCUAACCCUGCUGGACUCUCACAGCCUGUUUCUUAUUUUCAUGUGGAGAGGAAUCAAAAAAAAAAAAAGGGGGGGCACUCUGCCAGCCACAGAGAGGAAGAAGAGAAGGCACUUCAGAGUAGGACCAUGGACAUGUGAUUGGAGGAAAAGCAUGACACAGUCUCACCUUGGAUUGUUUCAUGAGUGGGGACUCUGUAGUAACAUAAACCUCCAAGAGGAAAGAAAUGAAGUGAUUGGAUCAAGAGCGGUAGUUUGUGAUUUCUCAGCUUUGAUCUUGCUACCAUAGCUUUUUGAAGCGUUAAAAACUGUGCUUUAUUUUUAGAUUUAACACAGACACAUUAAGACAAGACGCAUAUAAACAUAAGAAUUAAUGAAGGGAUACAUUCACAGUUUAUGUAGAAGUAUUUGCAUCUAAUUUGCUAACACAUGCGUUCGAUUUAGUUUCAGAAAUAGGAAGACAAUUUCAUCUCGAGUGAUUUUCAUGUAUUUCAUACCACUUCUUUUCUACUGCGGUGACUACAAGAGUAACAUUUUUUUCUUAAAUGUCACAGGACAGUGGAUUCUUCUGAGAGAUCAGCCACCAGACACGAUCACCUCGAAUCAACCGCACACUGUAACACACAGUCCUCACACCACCCAGGCUCCAAAAACCUCACCAAAUGUUACACGCUACCAGCCUGCCUGCCAGGGAUUCAUAUGCCAUAAACCCCAGAGUUUUAGAUAUCUCCAAUGAAUAUAUAGGUCAUUGACCUUUCGGCUUAUUACAGGUUAAAGUAUGCACUCAAAGUAAACACGGCAGAGUUAUGAGAGCUGCCUGAGUUAAUGAAACGAAACACUACAGUUGAUACCAGGUCUUGUCUACUCAGCCUUUGCAGCCUUAAAUUUUCAGUGUUUGUUUCCCAAUCGUCACACUACACACUUUUUACUGGACUUUAAAGGUUUUAGCAGGGUGCUAGUCAAAUCUGAGUAAAAUGUGUUUGUUAUAAUCUGUUGUAAUGUGAACACUGUGUACUCUUCGGAGCAGAAAUCUUGCUAUUGUAGAGUUUGAAAGUCGACAGCUAUUGGUAGUGAAUAUUUUCAUCAUCUUCAGAAAAGGCAUUUAGUGAACUUUUCCUCUCUUUGAAUGUGAGAUUGUGAAUGGCUUACGUGCAGCACCUGCUUUUUUUUUUUUUUUACUGUGGCGGUGUUUAGGCAUCUAUGUUACAAUCUGUUCAUAACAACUAAUGAAGCUGCCAAAUGGCUUGAGCCCUCAUCAGGCCGUGUCACAGAUAAUCACAUGAAGUUGCUGCUUUGGUUUGUGUUCUGAGGGCGUCACUCACUGUGUUGGCAGUAAUGAAACGAAACGUCUUAGCUUUAUUGAGAUGUUUUGUUUUGGGAGGACUGUUUGCUGUUAUUUUUGUUACAUGAUUGCUUGGACCAUGCCGUUUGCACUCUAACAUUACAAGUUCUCUUUUUUGACAGUUAGUUUUUAUGAACGGAUGUGAAGCAGAGCUGCAAUAAUUGAGUGUUUGACUCACUGGUUAAGUGCAUAGCUGAAUAGCAGCAAGGGGGGAACUUAAGGAAGGAGAUGUUUAGGUGUUUUUCUUUCUGUCUGUCCCCAUCUUUGCUCUCACUGUCAUGAUUCAAUGGGCUUAUGUGUUAAAAUGCUAAAGAGCUAAAAAGCUACACAAACCUCACUGCUGAGUGUAGCUUUUUUUUUUGUGGGGGUAUUACUAUAGGACAAACUCUUCUGGAUAGGAAACAUACACCGAUACCUCAGUGAUCAAACAAUCCUCAGCAAUCCAGUCGAACACGUUGACAUUCUGCAUUACUCUAGAGUGUGUGUUGUGUAGGUGUAAUCUCAAUCAGGUCUCAGAGCCACAAAGCUGCCAAACGCCAGGUUACAAUCAACCUGGCCUCCUCAGAAACCUCAUUAGUGUAGUGUCUGUUUGGUGCCACCAUUUUUUUAAAUGUCAGACUUCCGUUCCUCAUACUUCAACAGUUGGUGCGUUAUCAGUUUAGAGAGUCAACUCUUCCUCCUUGUUUUGCCUUCCACCCUACUGCUUCUUUCUUCUUGAGCCACACCAUUACUCGCAGCCUCAUAUUUCACUCUGUGAUCGAAGUCAUCCAGUUAUAUUCAUGUGGAAUACCCUUAAAAGAAAUACAAUUGAAUAUAAUACAUAUAAAGAUACAAUGGUUACAACAUAGGUCUCUAGUUUGACUGAGGUAGUGUUACAUUUUAUUGGCAAUGCAAACGCAAAUGAUUACGUAAGGUUGUAGUUCAUUAGCUGCUGGAGUUGUCCGUGAACCAUGAAUGUAAGCUAGCAAGCAUUCUAAAUCAAUUCUUUUUGAUCAAUCAAAGAAAUCAAGAAGUCCUUUAAAAUACACUAACAUUUGUUUUCAUUGCUGAACAAAUUAUUUUUAUUCUGAGUGAUUCAACAGAAGAGACUUGCUUAUACCUAAUUUCCAGUUAUUCUGAGAGAAUCCAUCCACAAUAUAACAUUUGUCAUUUAAAAUGUUUGGAAUAUUAUUAUUUUUUUUUUUUUUUUUUUUUUUAUUUGCACUACUUUACUGCUGUCAAACUAGUGGCCUGUGGCACUAAAGUCUAACAAUUUGGAAAAAUUUAAUGAAAAUGACAACAGAGAGCUUUCUGUCUGGCAGACAUAUUGGAUGACCUCAGCCUUUUGCUUUGCAAAAUGCUGAAUGCGUUUCCAUGCACAAAUGUAUCCGUCUCAACAAAAUGUACUAGAAAAGUUUAGUUUUUUACGUUUUUUUUUUUUUAUUUGAUUGUGAACUUAAAUGUGUUUUUUUUCCCCAACGUGUAUGUGUUGAAAUGUGUUAGCCAGCAGAUUGAACGUCAGGUUGUCCUGUAUGACAAAAUUUUAAUUGGAGGCAUGACUUUAAAAAAGACAUUUGAGUCUAAGCAGUAACCUCAGUUUAAAACAAAUCUGCCUUACAGUUACUGGACAUAACAUGUAUAUUGAUUUUGUCAGAUUUGAACGUGACUUUUCACACAUUGUAUUUCUUUGUUGUUAUCUGUUAAGUCAUUUUCAGUCCUAGAUCCAUCUCAAAAGCUUCCUCACCUAAUUUCUUACUCGCCCAGUUUCUGGUUAGAACCAGCUGAGUGCUCAGUUUUAUAAAAAAAAAAAAGUCAACAUUAUGUACUACUGAUAUACUUUGUAAUGGUUUUUAACCAACCUGAAACUGUUUUAUUUUGUAUUGUUUUACUGUGUUCAUGUUUUAAAUCAUAGAUUUUCAUUAGUUUUAAGUGUGUCCUUAGUGAUACAUUUCAAUUAGUGGAAAUAAAAAAAGGCAGCCAAGCUGGUUCAUUUGUUCAGAUUUUAAAACAUAUAUUAAAGUGAAGGAGCUGCAUGAAUGAAUAAUGACAUAUUACAUCUGGAUGUAAGUGUUUGGCUUUUCAUCUAUGCAGCAUUAAGGGGCUCACGGUCUACUUGACCGCUUCACUCCUUAAAAUCAGAGCAAACUUUAAACGAUGAAUGUUUACUCAAGUUCACAUUUAUCUCUUCUGGUUCUGUUUAACAGUCGAACCUAAAUUGAGCCCCUUACCAAAACUUCAACUACUACAUGUUACAAUCAUUUACUCAAACAGCUUGUUACUUAAAUCAUUAAGACUUUUUUUUAAAUCGUAAGACAGUUUAGAGUUGUUUACCUCUAAACUGUCAGUCACACUAGUGAAAACAGUACAUUUCUCUCCAGGUAUUUGUUUUUGUAAUCUUCUGAUGCUUUCCUGUGUCACACAGUGAGCAGACCAGAGCUACAGAGAUGCACAGUUGGAACAUAAUUAGGGACAGGCUUGUUUGAAACCUUGUCUUACUCAUGUUUUGUUAGCAGGCACUAUUUGAUCUCUCUGAUGUUACAUACCAAAUUUAGUGCUUGACACAUCAAUUUUAAUCAAAGAUCAACAUGAUUAUACUGCCUGAUUAACUAUUAAUGUGCCGUUUUAACUUUCUUUUAAAAAUCUGAUUUAUUUAACUUGGCCUAUUCUUUUCUCAUUUGCUGCUGUUAUCUUUCAGUCAGCCGUCAGUAAUUAGAGCUUGGACUGACCUCAUUACACUUUUCCUGUGGCAGAAAAACCACCUGACUUGAAGUCAGGCCAAACCACUGCAACAUAAAACCUCUCUGCUGUAUGUUAUUUCUCUGCUCCUAUGACCUCAAUCUGUUUAAACCGGCCUUCUUUUUCUCAGCCAUACAAACAAUAUUUGAGACCAGGUAGCUGAAGAUCUAUGCAUCAAGAGACUGAGCUGUGAUUUUGAAAAAAAAAAAAGAAGUCAUAAUGCAAUGAUCGACUUUCAGUUUAAAGCUUUCUCUGCUGUUUCCAGAUCCAGUUAUCCUUUUAAACCAAUGUAUAGACCUUUAUAAUGCUCCACUUGUUUUUAAAGCGUUAUAUUAAUCAUGCAGAUUUUUCAUUGGCUUUACUGUAGCCCUCCUGUUUUCACAGCCAUAACUGCUCCAGAGUCUCUGUUGAUAAGAUCUCAUUUAUGUUUCCAUAUGGCCCCAGGGCAACUCUUGGCCCGGGCCUUCCCACAGCCUUAAAUGUUCAUAUAAGAGUUAAGACUUCAGUGCUGGGCUCUGCUAAACUUUCCUGCCGCAGUUAAACCUCUAUGACCUGUCUGUUCAGCCUCUCCUCCCUACACACACUAUACCUGUUUCUUUUUAUAUACAUAAAUACAUAUUUCUGUUUUCUGUAUUUUUGUCAUUUUACAAAAUGUUCUAACAAGGCCAGUGACGCCACAUGAUCUGAAAUUAAGUCAUGCUGCUAGAAGAAUUAAUGUAAUUUUGUGUUCUGUCAAUUUCAUUUUGAAUCUGUAACAAAAGAGGCACAUUUUUUCUAUUAAACCAACAAAUAAAGUCAUAACAUGAAAACAA